AUGGCUGGGAUGAGGACGUUUGGGUACGAUGAGAACCAAAGGCUAAGGGGCUCGAUCACUGACAACAGUCAGUUCCACGUGGACAACUUAUCCAGCGCACACGUCUACCUUCGAUUGAAGCCUGGCGAAUCAUGGACAUCGAUACGUCAGGCAUUACUCGAAGACUGUGCCCAACUGACCAAAGCCAAUUCGAUCGAAGGCAACAAAAAGGACAACAUCACGGUCAUCUAUACGCCGUGGUCGAACCUGAGAAAGGAUGCAUCAAUGGCGACGGGCCAGGUGUCAUUCCAUGAUCAAAGAAUGGUCAAGAAAGUUCAUGUGGCUGUGCGGCAGAACCCUAUUGUCAACCGAUUGAACAAGACUCGGGUCGAAAAGUUUCCCGAUCUAGGAGCUGAAAGGGAAGCAGAUCAAAGAGAGAAGCGCAAGGUGGAAAGGAUUGCUCGAGAACAGCAGAAAGCGAAAGAUCGAGAGGAGAAAAGGCAACGCGAGGAACUACGGUGGCAGAAGGAUCAUGCAUAUGACGACCUGAUGAGGGAAGAGAAUAUGAUGAGCAACCAGGAUCGUGAUGCUGAAUUCUAUGAGGACGAUUUUAUGUAG